AUGUUGUACAAAUUGGGGUUUUGCCCAAAUGGUCCUGAUUGCCGGUAUAGGCAUGCAAAGCUGCCUGGGCCUCCACCCCCGGUGGAAGAAGUCCUUCAGAAAAUUCAGCAUCUUAUUUCCCACAAUUAUGCUAACUCAAAUAGGUUCUUCCAAAACCGGAACUAUCCGCAACAAACAGAUAGAUCUCAGCUUCCACAGGGUACAAGUGUCGAUCAAGUUGUGAACCCGACAACAAGAGAGUCCCCCAAUGUGCAGCAGCAGCAGCAACCACAACAAGUUCAACCGUCCCAACAUCAUGUCAGCCAGGUCCAUGAACAAAAUCUUUCCAGUGGCCAGCAAAAUCAAGCAAAUAGAACUGCGACACCCCUGCCUCAAGGAAUAUCUAGGUUUGUUCAGAGUUCUAAGGUUUUCAUUUAGGUCAUGUAACUUAUUGUACUUUCAGUAUGUGAGAGAUCCAUCCUCAUUUGUCAGCUGUAA